GCAUCGGUGGUCACGCAACUGCCGUCAUUGCCCACGCAGUAAUCCGAACAACAGCAUCAUGACAUCGCAGAGCAGCGUUGUGAUCGAGCCAGAGAAGACAACUUCUGAGGAUAAAUCUGAACAGAAGAGAGUUGGUGUCGUUUCUACUGUACUCUGUCGAAUCUCCCAGUUCUGGCCCUUCAGAUUCACGAUGCGAGCUUUCCGUGGUUUCUGGUGGUUUUUCGGUUUCUCCACUCCAGAGAAGCCUAUUGCCCCCGCUGAAGGUGACUCUCCGACCCGUCCUUGCCGCACAGGCCGUAAACGAUUGUGGCGGGCAACUCGCAUCCUGCUUGCUAUUUUGCCAUGUAGGGUUCAGAGUGCUUUGGGCUACCCGGUGUGCACCAGCAUCGGCCGAACGGUUUCCCCAGAGGUGCAGACCUCUCCCACCAAACCAUGUGGAAAGGGCAGCAAGAGGAAGCAGGAUGAUGUGGAUGAUGACGAUGAAGAUUCAGAGCAGCAGUCCUGGGUGGAGGCCCUUAAUCAGGAGCUGGCUGAUGAGGACGAACCUGAUCCAGAGGAUCCUGACUAUGAGCCAAGCAGCAUAGUCACAGACAGUGAUGAGUACCGUUCUCACAACAAUACAGAGAGUGACAUUGAGGUGGACAAAGGUGUUAUAGUUAUCAAUGAUGUCCCAUUGGAUGCGGCUUCCUCUGACUCGUAGUGGAAAGGGAAUGGUGUCUGUUAAGGUCUUGUUCGUCUGGACUGUUCUGUUUUUUUGUAUAUGUGUAUGUAAUAUAUUUUUGAAAAAUAAAGUGGUUCUUUAAAAAUC